CUCCCGGGGUGCGUUGCCGAGCGGUUGGCCUGCCCAGCCGCUGACGCUUCCUCCCGCGGCGGCCUCGGCCGAGAGCUGGGCCUGCCCCGUCUGCGGGCCGAGUCCCGCCUGCAGCGUGGGCCUGCCCUGCGGAAGGCCGGGCGGGUUGGCCUCGGUGGAAUCCGCCUGUGUCGAGAGCUCAGCCGCGCGGUUUUCCUCCUUGUUGCGUGAUACCGCUUGCUGAAAAUAGUGCCGGACGAACGUCUCUCAAACGCGUUCGUCUUAGGGAAGCAAAGAAACGUUUCUUGAGCAGCUGGUCGGGGGUCGCGGUGUCAGCAGAGGACGUCGCUCCGAGACUCCUAAAAUAAGGACGAAAGUAUCCAUCCUUAAUGGCAAAUAGAUGAUAGGAGAAACAUGCAAAUACACAGUCAAUGUGACGUGCAGCCUGUAAAAAUACCCAUUCAAUGAGCUCAAACGGUUUCUUUUGGAUAUUGACAAGAGCUUGGAUCUACCUCGAGGUGAAAGCUCCCAAGGGCAGGCUUCUUGAUUUCAUUGCCUGUCUGCAGACCCUGUAGCAAUGUGUUGCUGUUGUAUUAAGUGAGCAUUAUAAUUUGUUGUGUCUCUGUGUGAAGGAAGAAAACGGUGGCAUAUUUCAGAGGAAACAGUGAAAAUACAGAGCACAACCUUCCAGUGAGGUAAACCAGCGAAGUUAGUAGGAUAAGGGCAAUGUGUGCCAACAAAAUUCCAUUAUAUUUCCUCUACAGCUUGGGAACCCUGAAGUGCCCUUCAGUAAGGGCUACUUAGUGAAAAUAACCCUUCAAUAAUAGCAACAAUUCCAGUUGUCUCUGCUUGAGUUUCAGAUACAACCACUGUGUUCUAAUAUCUUAGCAGCUUCAGCAAGUGCUUCUGGAUUGGCGUUUGGUAGCUAUAAAUCUGGCAAGAACAUAGGAUUGUAGAGAAGAGGCUUUUAGUGAACUCUCUGAAGCUUUGUGACGUGCAAAGUAUAUGCAAGCAUUUGCAAAACAGUAUAGUCAACUUAAUGCUGUGUGCCAGUUCAUUAUUUGCUCUUGACGUUGGAUCAUAUAAUUGUAGAAUAAUUUAGCUUGGAAGGGACCUCUGGAGGUCAUCUAGUUCAACUCCCUGCUUAAAGCAGUGCUGUCAUUGAAGUUACAGGAGGUUGCUCCAGGCCUUGUGUGGUUGAGCUUUCUCUUGAAGGUUUUAAAAUGGAAUUGAAAGUCAGGUCUGAAAUUAAGCCAAACUUGGAGCUAAGUGCCCCAGACUUUGGAAAGUUACAGAGUUUUAAGCAGUCUGAAUGAAGCAUACUCUUCCUUGGUUAAUUGGAAAUUGUGUUUCCUUUCCAUUUUUGGUGUCAUGAUUCUGGUUCUCCAAUUAUGCAACAGCCUUCAAUGUGCACAAUAUAGAGAUUUUUGGAAGAUAAAAAGCAAGCAGAAAAGUAUAUUGCCCCGCAGCACACAGAUUUUCACUUAGAAGAUAGAAAACUGAAAUAUUUUUAAAGUAACAUUUCUCUGUACAUUAACAAAAUCAAAAAGGCUGAUAAACCAGUUUAGAUUUGAAAGGUUCGUAAUAUUUUAAUUGCGUAAUGACUUACUUAUUUAAAGGCUAAAGUACUGAGCCCUGCAUGCAUAGAGGUGCAAUGUAAUCAGCUUUAUUUCUAUGUUUUUAACAGCAGGAAGUUCUUCCUGUGCAAAACCCAGCUCUUGCAUUGUACUUGCCCACUAAAUGAAUUAAACUUAUUCACUCAGUGAAUCAAGGUUGAUGGAAUGAAGGUAGCUGAUGUUACCCUUUAUCUAUCUUAAUCCAUUCUUGUGGUGUCACAGUGUUUCUUAGCCUGUGAAGUCACUCUUUGAAGAAAUCCCAGCAUUAUUAUUAUUUGCACUGCUCAGUGUCUAUAGGUCCCAGGUAAAACAUACUUUACAGAAGAGUCUUAAAUAUGGUGAAAACUUCUUGGAGAAGCUUAUCCUCUAAGUAGGCAAGAAAGAUGAAGAGUGAAGGAGAAAAAGAUAGUAAGAUAAAUGGAAAUACCUGUGCCGUUGUACCUUCAUGAUGUGUCUUCUAAGUGUCAUCUGUGUUUUUCUGAAGUACUCAAGUUAAAAAUACACUGACAUCUUUCCAGGGGAAAAAAUACAGAAACUAAAUGGUUAUAUUAGUUGUGGGAUUGAACUUUUCACCUGCUAAUGCAAAUAAUUAAUUUCAGCCGACACUGAUGGCCCUGCUGAAGCUGUAGAUAAAAGCACAACCUCAGCAGAUGCAGUUGUCAGUGUCCUAAGGACUCCAGAGGAGAAUCUGUCAGGACCCACAGCAAAACAGCUCCAUAAAAAGAGGCACCUUCAGAACAAAGAUGAACAUUGGGAAAGCUUACAGUGCCUUUAACAACAGCAAUGGAACAGAUCUAGCUAUUGGCUUUACCUCCUCCACAGUAGCUGUCCUUCUAUUUGGGACAAACUUUGUGCCUGUUAAGAAGUUUGAUACUGGUGAUGGCAUGUUCUUCCAGUGGAUUCUCUGUGCCUCCAUAUGGAUAGUUUCUUUGGUGGUCAAUUUAAUCCAGAAUUGCCCCCGGUUUUGGCCUCUGGCUAUGGUUGGGGGUUUCGUGUGGGCUACGGGCAAUGUUACAGUUGUCCCUAUUAUUAAAACUAUUGGCUUAGCUCUUGGUCUUUUGAUAUGGGCUUCUUUUAAUUUGCUGACAGGUUGGGCAAGUUCAAGGUUUGGUUGGUUUGGAAUUGACCCAGAAGAGGUAUCAAAACCAAUCUUAAAUUAUAUUGGAGCUGGACUUUCACUAUUAAGUGCUGUCAUAUUUCUUUUUAUAAAAACUGAAGUCCAGAGUUCUUCAGCUUCAUUAGAAAGCACGCCUUUACUGAGAGAAAGGUCUAUUAAUGUUUCUGAAGAUACCUCUGACGACUCAUGGGUGAAGAGACUUUCUCCAGCAAAAAAGAGACUCAUAGGAUGUAGCCUGGCUGUAGUAGCUGGAAUACUCUACGGUUCCAGUUUUAUACCAGUACUUUACAUCAAGGACCAUGGAAGAAGAAAUGAAACUAUGUACACAGGAGCAAGUCAAUUUGAUUUAGAUUAUGUUUUUGCACACUUCAGCGGAAUAUUUCUUACAAGUACCAUCUACUUCUUGAUCUACUGUGCAGUCAGGAAAAAUAAACCUAAUGUUUAUCCCCAAGCCAUAUUGCCAGGAUUUGUUUCUGGUGUGCUUUGGGCAAUAGCCAAUUGCUGCUGGUUCAUAGCCAAUCACUAUCUCAGUGCAGUGGUCAGCUUUCCAAUAAUUACUGCAGGUCCUGGCCUUGUUGCUGCAAUGUGGGGAGUCCUUGUAUUUAAAGAAAUCAAGGGACUGAAAAACUACGUGUUACUCUCAGUAGCAUUUUGCAUCAUUUUGGCUGGAUCACUCUCCACGGCUUUUUCUAAAGUUUGAAAGGAUCUUCUGAACCAGUAGAUGGUGCUACUGUUUAAUAUAAUCAGAAAGACAAUAUUGGUAUAUCGCAAUACAUAAUAAUUUUCAAAAUGUAUGUCCAACAUUUACCCUAACUUGCUUCAGGCAAGUGGAAGAAAAAAAAAUACCCCAAAAACCAACGCUUUGCUAAAUGUUCCCAUUUGGCAUGAAAGAAAAUCUGGAAAUGUUUUGUUUCUGCAUUCUUGGAAUAGUAAGAAUAUCAAAGGAUUUUAUUAAAUAAAGCUAAAUGAUUUUAUAGUUACUAAUGGUUUUUUUUCUGGUUCAGGUACUAAACUUCAUGUCAUCAUAAACUACAGUUCACUGUUGUGAUGGUCGAUAAAGGGAUUUUAAUUCUUAAUCUGUAAUACUUCAUGUAUUUGCAAGCUGAUUUGUUUUAUUAUAACAUUCUGUCUUACUUGAAUAUAAAAUACAUCUUGGAAUAUUCUUUAUGGAACUGAUACACAUGAAGAUGUGAAGCAUUUUUUUAUUUAGAAGCAUUAUUCUUUAAAGUCAUCAGUUUACAUAAAAACAUUAUCUUCCAAUUACUUCAGAAUCUUGAAGGAAAUAUAGAAAAAAAAGGUACUGUAAAAUAAAUUACUUGUGUUUGCUGCUAAACUGUGCAAGAACAUUAUGUAGAAAUUGGGACCAGGAUACAAAUAGUUGGGGAACUUUGGGGUUUUUUAUUUAGGUUGUAAGUAAACAUUACAUUUCUGCGUUGUAAUAGGAGCUAAGUAUGUGGUUCAAAGUUUGUUUCCAAAUAACUUUGGGCAUUUUCAGAAUACUUACUGUUCUUUUCUAUGUAGCAUAUUCAAAUCUUAAAAAUUAUGCAUGGUAAUAUUUGUUACAUUGAAGCAUCAUGCUAAAACUACCCAAUCAUUGUUCUACCCAAAGCAAGGUCCUCUAUAUGUAAAUCACUUCUGACAGUUGUUGUCUAAUUUGUUCCUUUAAAAAAAUAGAUAAAAGUAGGUUUCACAACAUUUUUAGGCAAACUAACCAGCUUCUAACUACCUGUCCUGCUAAAAAGCCCUAAUAUCCAGAGGAAAUUCCCUAUGAGGAAAGUUACGUCCACUGUUCCAUGACCACCACUAACAUGGAGAAUUGUUGUUCUUACUCAUCACAGCUAGCCUUUAUAUAUGCAAAGCAUGUUGUCUGAACCUCACUAGUAUUUUCUUCAGUAUAUUGGGCAACCCCAGCUCCUGCAGUCUUCCUUUGUCUAUAAUGUGCUCAUAAUUUUUCUUGGUCUUUCCUGAACUCUCACUAAGUAGACUAAAAUUGUCUAGAAAAACUAGGCAUGACAGUCAGACUACAGUCUUAAAAAAACCAAGAAGAGCAGCAGUAAUAUUUUUUUUUUCGUCCAAUUUGCAAGCUCUGUUUGUGAUUACACUUCAUAGUAUGACACUUUUUGCCAUCACGGCUUGAUAUUGAGAACGUGUUCAGAUUGCAAUCAUAAUUUCUCCUUUCUCCCUUCCACCCUUCUUUGUCUACUAUUUAUCAGAUUUGAUCUUAGAACUGUUACUUAGCCUGCUUUUUCCCAUCCCAUAUUGUUUAUUCCUACCCAAGUGUCAGAACUUGGUGUCUGACAGGUUUUUUCCCCCUUAAGGCAUUUCUCUAUUUUUGCUCUGUAUGUUAACCAUGUCCUCCAACAAGUUGGCAGCAUUUUCCAACCAGAUGUCAUCUGCAAAUUUAAUAAACAUACUCUCUAAUUAUUGUAAAUAAUUAUGAAAAUGCUGCAUGAUAUUGGCCUUUACUUACUUUCUGGAAUCUAAUGUAAUACUUUCUUUCACUCUGACAGGGAACAAUUGAUUACCCUUUUUGAGUACAGUUUCCCUCUGUCUUUUACAGUGGUUUUAUUUAGACUGCAUUCUUCCAGCUUUUAUGUUAUAUCUGAUGCAGCUGUUCAAGUCAAGACACAUGAUAUGUGCCACCCUAAUACCUGAUAUUGGAAAGAAAACUGACUAGUCAGUCUGACAGGUCAGACACAAUUUCUUCUUGACAGAUCAUUGACUGUUACUUACCUAGCCAUUAUUCUGUUGACUCAGAUAAGGAAGAGUAAUUUGUUCACAUUUUUGAAAUAACUUGAAUUAAACUGGACAUUUAUAAUUUCCCUGGA